CCUCCCCGUGUCGCCUCCACCGCUAAUGAGAUGCCCUCUCGCAAAUCAUGCCCAGCCCCUUCACCCAAAUCAUAUGUCCCGCCAUCUAUCUCAUCGGGGAAAUCUCCUUCGGCACCCGACCACUGGAGGGAACUGUACCCAUUUUUUUUUUUCGUCUUCCCUCUGUCAGAGUAUCCAGUUCUGGAGAUGAGCGUCCGAGACGCUGACCCUGGUCCG